UUGUACAGGUUUGAGAACAAAAAAAGCCUUUGAUGACUUGUUCAAUUAUGUUGAACCAUACACUAAAAAAAUGGUCUACUGGAAGAGCAAAAUUAAGACCAAUAGUGCUAGUCGGACCUUUAAAAGGCUCGCCGAAAAAGUCUGGACCUAAACGCAACAUAAGUCCAAAGGAUGAACUGCUAAUGGUUUUAAUGCGACUGCGUUUGGACCUUACAGUAAAUUUUUUGGCAGUACUUUUUGGUGUACUACCAAGUACAUGUACCACUUGGCUACGUUUCUUGUCCACUAUUUUUAAACCACUAAUUGUUUGGCCAAAUAGACAAACAAUAUUUUCUUCAAUGCCGCAGCAAUUCAAAAAGCACUGUAAAAAAUUAAGAUGUAUCAUAGACUGUACAGAGUUUUUUAUCGAAAGACCACGAUCUUUGGAAUUGCAGGCUGCUACAUGGUCGGACUACAAAAAGCACAACACCAUAAAAGUGCUUGUUGGUAUAACACCAAAUGGACAGAUUUCAUUUAUAUCCAAAGCUUAUAGAGGGAGAGCAUCGGAUGUUUUUAUCCUGAGAGACAGUGGGUUUCUUUCCUUAAUAGAGCCACAUGAUGUAUUAAUGGCAGAUAGAGGUUUUCCCAUACAAGAAGAUCUUAUGCGCCAACAUGCAUCACUGCAAAUUCCACCAGCUGCUCAAGGCAACCGCCAAAUGACUAGACAAAAAGUUAAAAAGACAAAGAUGAUUGGUAACUUAAGGAUCCAUGUAGAGAGAGCAAUAAACCGAUUGAAGGACUUCCAAAUCUUGAACUCUACAUUACCAAUUAUACUCUCAUCCCAGUAUCUGAUGACAUAAUAAUUGUGUGUGCUGCUCUAUGC